GCAUGAACCACUCAAGUUACUAAUAAGUACCUUAGGUAGCUAUCAGUGUCACUCAUCAACCAUGGCCAGCGCACUACAACAGGCCACGCAGAAUCUGCUCGCCAGAGCGCAUUCCCCCGACAGCGUGAAUCGCAUAUACUCGGAAAAGAUCCAGCAUCGCUCGCUCAUCCUGCGACCAACCUCUCCUCCACCUUCCACAAUCAACGCGCGAGCCGCACGUCGAAAAGCUCGCCAAGAUAAAAAGGAGAAGCAGAAGCAGAGACCCAAGCCGCUAUCGUCUCGAGAGAAGCGAAGCCUGGGCCUUCAUGACAUACCUAAGGAUGGCCAAAAAUAUCACAUCUAUGAGCCUCUGAGUCAAAUGUGGCUUGGAUAUGCUCGAGAGCUACUUGGGAACGAUCUUUCGACUGGAGGGCCCAGUGCAGCAGCGAAACUAGCCAGCGCUGAGUUUCAUGGUGCUCCUAUUCAAGUUGUUCGAAGCCAUUGCCCCAGUCGAGUCGGCAUUCAAGGUGUUGUCGUCCGCGAUCGCAAGUUUGUCUUCGAGAUUAUAACCAAGAAAAGAGGGGUCAAGGUUGUUCCCAAGGAAGGCACUAUUUUUCGAAUCGAAAUACCGAUCGCCGAUGGAGCCUCUGAUGGCGAGAGCGGGCCAACCAAAAAGUUUGCUUGCGAAGUUCUCGGAGAUCAGAUGAUGUUAAGGGCGGCAGAUCGCGCAAACAAGAAGUUCAAAGCACAUUUUCUGUCGAAUAUUUGAGCACCUUCCAGUCUCGGGAUCAUAGUUAGGGACAAGGCUAUGCGGGGCGUUAUGGAUGACGUCGAUGCCUCCUAUUGCUCAUUGAGCAUUCAAAUCGAGACAAAUCAACAACGUGAUGGUAGAAGUAUCAUGAAGUGGGUACUUACGCACCCCGGUGGGCGUGGCCAGGUAGGCGUGGUGUUACCAACUACUCUUGUAUGCGAAAGACUAUGUGCCUAUCCCUUCACAUAGACUUUCGCGAAAACGCCUGUGUCUCGCUUUUCCGGCGUCAUGAUACCACGUUUAUGAGGGGACGAAGAGCGUCAAGGUUCAAGAUACACAAUGUUAGUAUUGACUGCAUUGUGAUGUUUCUAUAGGAGUUUCUCGCAAACCACAACAGCUGUGCUGGAACUUGCAGGGCUGCAUUUACUUCAUUGCCAAUCCAGAGGACCGAAGUUGUUCCGCGCGCAAUCAGAUCCCCCCGGAGAUGUUGUAAACUAGGCACUGCGAAAUGCGACACAUCUGUAAAUAGAGUCUAGUGAUCCACUCUACAACCUUUGAUAGAGCCAUGGCGUGGAAUCGUCGUCUCGGUAGACAGUCUUCGGAUGACAUAUCAGACGAGGCGGACUCAGAGAGUUCAGCCCAACACCACGCCUCAUGGGGCAACAAAGAAAUGAGCCCAUACCUGAGGCUGUCUAAGGUACCUAGGCAAGUGUCAUUGCAAGAUUCACGACAAAAAUGCAUCAGAAUAUAAUGACCAGGACCUCCGAAUCAUCUAUAGGUUUCAGUUGGCUCACAUUGAUCUUGCUAUAUUCUAAAUAUGCAGAAUAGAGUCAUACUACCUUGUUGUUGAUACGAUAUUCUUCUCUUUGGACCCCCAGUCCUUUGCACGUCCCAGGACGUCUCGAACAAAAUUGCACAGCGUAAU